GAAUGCAGGUUUAAGUCACCUCUGUAUUGGCUUCAUUUUUCAGAUCCAGAGGUUCCCACUUGGUUUAACAUCAGAAACAUUGCAGGUCAUCCAGGUUUCUGUGUCCAAAAAGUUUAGAAGAAAUAAAAGGACAUUUUGUUAGCCUUUGUAGCACAGACAAGAAGAAAAUAUGUCAUCCAGGACAAUCUGACUGAAUUUAAAAUAUAACUUAUAGAUGCCAUCAACUCAUCUGGUGGGGAUGUGAGGAACAGAGGUUGUGGCUUUAUACAUUUAUCUUCAAAACCUUUGAAAACCAACAAAAUGAGGAUGACGCCUGGUAUGUGUUGUUUUGCGCGUGUGUUAGAUGUGAGGGGCUUAGCUCGGAAGAGAUAAGUAUCAGUAUUCGGUGGUGAAUCAGAGUGAAAGGAUGAAACUUCUACUGAGCGGUCUGUUCUUCACCUCCCUCAGUUUAAGUGUUUCUUCAGGCACACUUGUUGUUACCCAGAGUCCUGAUGUCUCUGUCAUGGAGGGGGAGAGAGUGAACAUCACCUGCUGCGGGACAGGGGGGUCAAGAAUGAGAAUUAGUUGGCUGAAAAAUCAAACAGAAAUAAAGACGGAGACAUUUGAGUCGAAGAAUUACUCUCAAAGAUCUCUGAGAAAGGAGUCAUCUGGCUGCUCAGACUUGAUCUUUACUAAUAUCAAAAGAGAGGAUGCAGGGAGAUACACCUGCAGGAUGACUGUGGAGAUACCACUUUUAAAAGAGGCUGAAGGAAAUGGCACUUUCAUCACAGUUACAGACAGAGACAGAUCAAAGAUCAACCCAGCAGCAGACAGAGACACAACAAAGAUAAACUCAGCAGGAGUCACAGAAAGUGACAGAUCAAAGAUCAACUCAGCAGGAGGUACAGACAGAGACACAACAAAGAUCAACUCAGCAGGAGUCGCAGACAGAGACGUCACAAUUAUCAACACUUCAGGAGAUUCUCACAGGAAGGAAGUGUUUAUGUUUGCCCUGAGGUGCCUGCCCAUCCUUGCCCUUGUCAUAACCUUCUUCUACCUCUACAAGUUAGGGAGCAGAGCUCAGCAACACAUACCAGAUGAUCCUGGAAAUAAAGUCAUUUCAGCCCAAAGAAUGGAAGAAGACCAAGAAGAAGAGGAAACAGACGAGAGAGAAACAGAAGCAGAAAGUAGAUGAAGAAAACCAUAGACUGUCUAAUUAGGUGGGUUUCCAUCCACCUGUUUUUUUGCACAUUUUGAAUUUGCACAUAACCCUUGGGGGAAGUGGAAAAGUUGGUGCAUCAAUUUUCAAAAGUGCAAUGCAGACAGACUCAGAAAAUAAAUGAUGUACAUGAAGCAUGUGACUUAAACAUUCACUGAAGCUUCUGCCCCCCUGGAAAACAGAUCUGUGUGGAACAAUGAAGAGACUGUAACCUUCCUCACAUUAAUAUAUCAAACUAACAGGCUGCUAUAUUUCCAUCAUGUUUUCUAAGUUGUUUGAGGUUUGACUGAAGCUCUUCUAUUUGUCUUGUCUUGUUGUGCCCUUUUCUACAAUGGUAUGGUGGCACCUGAAUGGAGCUGUAGUGCCACCUACUGCUCAUCUGAUGAACCAACACCUACUUUCUGCAUAAAAGCAGUGGAUGGAAACAUGAAACCUUUAGGGGUUUUUUUCCUCUUUUUUGCCGAUUUGGAUGGAAAAGAGGCUACAGUCUCGAUUGGGAUGAAUUUCCAAAAAACCUACAAACUGUUAUUAAUGCUCUCAUCACCUUCAGACUGGACUACUAUGGUUCUUUACUUUUUGACAUCAGCCUCUCUAUUCUGUUUAAAGCUCAUUCUAAAUGUGGCUCAGGUAUCUGAAAGGAAAGAACAGAGGUUGUGGUUUGGCACAGCUCAGCAAAAAAAUUUCUGAGAAAUACAAAAAUAAAGAUGUAUGAAACCUG